AUGGCUAAGCUCAUCGUCCCCCAACUCCUGUCGGCUUCGUGCUUCCUGACAGCCUUCAUCCUGAUGAUCGUGGCUGUCAUUGCGGGCGUCAAGCCUGGAUUUCUGGAGGACUACGAGCUCCUACUGAUCAACACCUCCGCCUUGGGCAAAAACAUCUCCAUCGACGCAGUGCCUAACACAUUGUUGCCCACUCGAACCACAGCGAUCGACUGUUCCAAUGCAGGCGGUUUUCUCGGUCAAGCCUGCGACAGCGCCGCUUCAGCGGUUGCCAGCGCAUCCUCCGCCGUUGACAACGCUGCCGGCGACGCUGCGGACAAGGCCAGCGGCAUUGCCAACAGCGUUGCCAACAGCCUGGCCGACAAACUUCACAUCCCCGACUUUUACGCCUUCUACACGCUGAAAAUGUGUGAAGGGGAUUUCACCCCAAGUGGGGGUCGUAACUUCACCACCUGCCACUCCUACCGCCCCAACCAUGCCAAUACGAUCCCUGCGCUCCUCGACGCCACGCUCUCCUUGGAUCUCGGCCCUCUCGGCCGCAACAUCUCCCUCUCUGACAUCGGCAUCACGCAGUCCCUGAAGUCGGCUCUGGAGUACUCCAAUGCUGUCCUCCAAGGCGCCGCGGGCCUCAUCUUCCUCAGCAUCGCGGGCACCAUACUUGCCUUUGUCGUUUCCGUUUUAUGCCUCUUAGCGUACCAGGACAAUCAGCCCCGAUCGGUUGCACGGGUGGCGUUUUGGAUUCUCACGUUCGCAGGACCGACGGCAUUUCUCCUGGUGCUUGGCUGGCUGGUGGGCGUCAUUACCUCCCUGGUAGCCGAGCGGCGGGUGAAUGAUGCCGGGGCGGUUGUCGGCGUGAGCGCGGCCGUUGGGACGAAGUGGGUUACGUUGGUGGGAGCUGCGGUGGCCUUGAUGGUGGUCGUGAUGUUGCAUUGGGGUUGGAAACUGUGGCGAGCGAGGAAAGCGAAGCCUGGGAUGAAACUCAGGGAUCUUUGGAGGCUGAGGAAAUACUCCCGACUGGACGAGACCUCCCACCUAGUUUUCCGAGAUUCAAUCGGACCUAUGUGA